ACACACACCACCAAGUCCAUUUGAAAAGAGAGACAACUUUAUUACUUCCUCAAAAAGGCCAAAAGAGAUCCAACAAAAUCACAACACACAAUUAGAGAGAGAGAGAGAGAGAGAUGGGGAGGGCUCCCUGCUGUGACAAGGCAAAUGUGAAGAAAGGGCCAUGGUCACCUGAAGAAGACUCCAAGCUUAAAGAGUUCAUAGAGAAAUAUGGCACUGGUGGUAACUGGAUCGCUCUCCCUCAAAAAGCUGGUCUAAAGAGAUGUGGGAAGAGCUGCAGGUUGAGAUGGCUAAACUAUCUAAGGCCUAACAUCAAACAUGGUGAAUUUUCUGAGGAAGAAGAUAGGAUCAUCUGCACCUUGUUUGCUAGCAUAGGAAGCAGGUGGUCAAUUAUAGCAGCUCAGUUACCAGGCAGGACUGACAAUGAUAUCAAGAACUACUGGAACACCAAACUCAAGAAGAAGCUCAUGGGUAUGGUAAUGGUCCCACCUAAUCACAGAAAACCACCACCAUACCCACCACCACCACCGCCUCAUUCUCAAUUUCCUCCACCACCGCCACCACCACCACCACCACUGUACAGAGAUUGCACUUCAUAUUACAACAACAACAACAACCCAGCUAGGUCUUUCACAGCCCUUGAACCCACUUCAAUCCCACCACCUAAUCUCAUCAACAACAACUACAAUCCUUCUUUAUCAGCCAAUUAUUGUCUUCUUCAAACACAAGAGAGCUUGUUCAGUCCUAUGCAGUAUUACCCACCAUUGAAAGAGAGCUUCCAAUUGGUGUUUGUUGGUGAUCAAGCAAGUUGUUCAUCUUCUGAUGGAAGUUGCAGUCAGAUCAGCCAUGGAAAAGAGAUCAAACAAGAAGACAUGGGGUUUCAGAGUUACAUGUCAAAUGGGUUUGAAGAGAAUCACAAGUUCAUGCUUGAUUAUGGAAACAACAACAACCCCAACAAUGGAGGUGAUCAAAAUCUGAUCAGUAGUACAUGUACAUGGAUUGAUGAGAAGCCAAAUGUAAAUGGGUAUUUUGGGAAUACUCCAUUAGAGUAUGAUCUUGAGGAAGUUAAGAAGCUGAUUAGUACUGAUAAUGAGUGUAACAACAACAACAAUAAUAGCUUCUUCUUCAAUGAUGAAAACAAGACACAAGAGAGGACCAUGGACUACUAUUACUGAUCAUAUCAUGAAAUAUUAAAAAACUGACUGUAAGUAAAAUCAGAAAGAUUUGAAGGGGCAUGGCAUGGUGUAUGGUGAGGGAAGGAGAUUCAUUCAUCAGAAAAAGACUAUCAGUUUCUGGGAUUUUGUGUUGUGAUGGAUAUCAAUGAAAAACAAUUUCUUUCUUUCGUUUUUUAUAUUUCUUUCUCUCUCUCUCUCUUGACAGUACAUGGUAAAGCUUGCUUUUCUUUUUGUGCAUUUCUUUUUGGGCAGUGAUGGUGUUUGCAUGUUUGUACGUUUUUUCAGAACUCAGAAAUAAAUGUCAUGAAAAUUGUAGAA